AUGAAAUCAUUUUCAUCAUCAUCAGCUACAACUUCAACAACUUCACAAUCACAAUCAUCACCAUCAAGAAAAAAUUGGAGAACUAUAUUAAAAUCAAAUAAGCAAAAGGGGGGAAAUACAAGUAGUACAUCUGAUUAUGAUUAUAGUUCAGCAUCAUCAAAGUUAUUUCCCACGUUAUCAAUACAAGAAUCAUCACAUUCUCCUAUAUCAAAUAUCUCAACUCCCACGUUUGAUCAUGUAAAUUAUAAAACACCAACUACAUCACCUAUAAGAUUAAAUCCCAGUCCAAGAAAUAAGUUUAUUCCCACAAAAGAUCCUUUUAAUUUUGAAGAUCAUCAAGAACAACCUAUUUUACAUAUGGAAGGAUUAAAUAUAUCAUUUGCUAAUAUUUUAAAUAAUAAUUCACCACAAAUAAAACAACAAGAAACUAAAAUAGAUAGUCCAAAAAGUAUAAGAAGUAACAAAAGUUUUGCAUCCAAAAUAUUACCAAUGGAGAAUAAUUGUUUUAUAUGUUCAGAAUUAUUACUGAAUGUUUUCCAAAGUGAAAGAAUUUUAAAAUUAAAUUGUGGAGAUUCUGUUCAUUAUGAAUGUUUUAAAGUUAUGUUUAGUAAAGAACUAGAGGAUAUUGAUAAAAAUAAAACUAUAACUUUCCCAAAUUUAUGUCAUGGUUAUAUAUGUCAAGGAGAAAACCCAAUAGAAAUUGAUUAUAAACGACUUAAUAUACUGCCAAGACGUACAUCAUUAACACCAAAAAGACCAGCACCAGCUCAACCAAAUAGAAACCUGGAAGUUAAACAAAGUAUUAAUUUUGAAGCUUUAAAAUCUACAUUAAAUGAUGUACAAAGAAAACCACUGAGAAGAGAACUGAAAAAGGAACUAAGAAGAGAUUCACUGAGGAGAUUUUCAUCAAAAAGAGAUACUAUUCAUUCAAGUAUAAGAUCUGUUUCACCAGUAACUACAAUAUCAACUACAAUGACUGAAACUUAUAAUUUAAAUGAUUUCAGUGAUGGAGAAAUAGAAAUAGUUAUAAAUCAACUAAUUAAAUUUUUAUUAGAUCAUUGUCCCAACUUUAAUUUAUCAAAAUUAUCAUUAUUAGGUAAAUUAAGAGUUGCUGAUCAAUUACAAGUUAAUAUUAAUAAUCAAUUUACAAUUAAAUAUUGUUAUCUUUUUGAAAAUUACCUUAUAAUUUGGAAUAAUGAUAUAGAUCCAAUAUAUUUUACAAUGAAAGAUACAAAAGUUAUAUGUAAAGGUUCAAUAAUUUCAAUUUAUGGAGUAAAUGAUUUAACAAUAUCAAUAAAAUCUGAAUUAAGUUCAAUUAUAGAAAAAUGGGCUAUAUUAUUAAUGGAUUCAAAUUUAGAAUUACCAGGUACAAAAUUAACAAAUACUAUAUUAUUAAAACCAAAAUUACCAUUACCCAUUUCAGAAAGGAAUUCAAUAAGAGAAAGUUUUUUCAUAAAUAGACCAAAAAGUUUAAAUUUAAAAUUAUUAGAAACAGUUGAAUCAAUAUCUCCAACUGAUAAAAGUAAUAAAUCAAUUAAUAAUUUAUCAAAUGAUAUUUCAAUGGAUAUUUCAAAUGAUAUUACUAAUGAUGAUUCAGAUAUUGAUUCAGAUAUUGAUUCAGAUGAUGAAUUAAUUAAAAAUGUAUUAAAUGAUAAGAAAAUUGAUAAUAAACCAAUAAUUGAUUUAAAAGAUUUACAAAAUUUGAUAUCAGAAAUUGAUCAAGCAAUGCUUUGA